AUGGACUUCAAGCUCUGCCUGGUCGCGCUCCUAUUGGCCCUGGCCGUAGCAGUCGAGGCCUCCCAGCUCCAUGAUGCUGGCUGGGGCCUUGCCCGCUACAGCCACGACUCAUCCCUCGUCGACGUCAGCGUGGGUGACGUCAUUGGAGUGGACAACGAGAUGAUGCUUGACUCCGAAUCAAGCCGCCGCACGCUGCGCGGUCGAGGCAGGUACAUCAGCUACGGAGCUCUCAAGAAGAAUGGCAUUCCAUGUCGCCGCCGUGGUGGGUCUUACUACAACUGCGGUGGACCCAGAAGGCAGGUUAACCCCUAUCGUCGUGGUUGCACUUACAUCACCAGAUGCGCCAGGCAAGCCUAA